AUGACUACGAAUGUAUUCAAUAAACUCCAAAUUGAAACUGAAAAUUCAAAUUUAAACAGUGAGGUUAUUGAAGAACUACUUGCUCAGUUAAUAGCUAAAGAGCAAGCCUUAUAUUUAGUAGACAGCGAAAUAGAAAAAGUUAUUGUGAUUGAUGAUUUAGAAGAUGAAAUUAAUAGAACAGAACAGUAUAAAGAAAGAAUAAUUCUUUUGAAAACGCGAGUGCAUAGACUGCUAAGAACUUCUUUAAGACAGCAACCAAUAACAGAAAGUCAAAAUUAUUCAACUGUUAAAGAUACUGGGAGCAGAAUUAAAUUACCGGAUAUACCUUUGCCAACAUUUUCUGGCCAAUAUGAGGAUUGGAACAAUUUUAAAAUUCAAUUUAAUAGCAUAAUUUCUAACAAUUCUCACUUAUUGGAAGUUGAACAGCUUUAUUAUUUGAAAUCGUCUCUACGAGGUGUAGCAAACCAGAUUGAAACAGAAGACGAAUCCUUUCAGUCAUUAUAUAAAGCAUUAGAAAAUCGCUUUGAAAAUAAGCGCUUAAUUGUUGACAGACACAUUAACUCCAUUAUAAACGUGGAAAAAAUAAAUCAUGAAUCACUGGUCGAGCUCAGAAAGUUAGUGGAUAAUAUUUUGCGAAAUAUUAGAGCUCUUAAGCAUUGGAGCAUUGAAAGGCAUACGUUUCGGAUCUCAUACUGA